GCUGCGCGGGCGCAGCUACCAAUUUGGGAGACCAGCUUCAGCCAUGCACGAUCACAGAUUCCACCGGGCGAGUUGCGGCAGAAGCCUCCAGGAUCCGAUUACACCAGCCCGCUAUCAUCUCCUUUCGAAUCGCCUGCCUCCCUCGGUCGCCGCCCGUCCACUCGUUCCACUCGCUGUGCCCCUGCCGGGGUCAGCCGUCGAGAGGAUUCUUCGGAGCCUGAUGAUGAUUCAACAUCUGCUGCGCAACGAAAGCGCGGCUAUAGUGAGAUCGCGUCCUCGCGGCCCGCACCGCGCCCCACGCCGACCUACCUAGAGAAUCCCCCUCAACACUAUGCCGGUCAAUCUCGCUCACACUCUCAUGAGUUCUGCACGCAACAAUGUCUUUUGGGUUUGCAGCCCGGCGAUGUCUUAGACCCACAAUACCCGAAUGUGAGACUCCAUCGAGCUGCGCUGAAGACCGACCGUCACCCAAUCCGAGUCGCCGAAUUAGUCUCCUUGGUCAAGCAACAGUUGGACAAGAACAUGGACGAGUAGUGUACUCCAGUCAGCCAAUGUGGAUCAUACGGCGUGCUGUUCAAAGUCACUUGUGCUGCAUACGGCUACACAGUGGUGGGCAUAAAGUAUCGCAGGAAGCAGAGGUCUAUUGUAUAUUACAGAGCAUCCAAGGCUCUGCAGUGCCGGUGUUUCUGGGACUUAUUGAUUUGGCCAAAAUAUACUUCCUCCACGGUGCAGGUGAGAUUCGCCACAUGCUACUAAUGAGCUGGGGGGGCAAGAGUCUCCGUCACGAAGAUAUCGAUACCAAAAUGCAGCGGCACAUCUCACGGUCGAAAAGGAGUAUUCUAUCAUUGGGUGUCAUGCAUGACGACCUUCGCCCUGAGAAUAUUUUGUGGAAUGAGAAUCUAAAACGAGUACUGAUUAUUGAUUUCCACCGGUGCCACUUGACCCCUCAACUGCUACAACCAAAGCCGAACUCAAGUAAAAAGCGACGCUUGGAUAGUAUGCAUGGAGGCAGGGCUGAGCUAAGAACCAAACGCAUGUGUGUUACUUAGCAGCAUGCAUAAGUCAAG